GAGCUGUCCGUUCCCUACUUCGUACCGUUGGGCCGUCACUCCUUUGCCGUCCGCCCCCUCCUAUCUCCUGUCUGGGUUGAACCUGAUUUGCUUCCGCCGAUUUCGUGUCUCAGCCAGGCUCUAGCCCGAAGCCUCUCGUCAGACCGUCUUCCUCUCCAGAUGCAGAAGCAAGUCGCGACCGGCCUUCGUCUAGGACUGCAAAGACAUUCGUUUUCUUUGACCAAUUCCGCUGCUGUUCGUCCGUUGUCCCUUUUCUUGCGUCGUGGGAUUCCGCUCGGCCGGCGAACCGAACAUUUCGCCUGA